UUUCUCAGCCCGGUUCCCCAUCACAGCCCGUCCCUCACCAUCACCAGAACCGACUCAGGGCACUCUCGCCGCUCUCCUUCUCCCAGGACGUGUCGACGAUGGAGAUGGUGAUGUCUGUGAUGGCAGCUGGAUUGCUGCUCAUCUCCUCGGGGUCUGGUCAGUGGGAAGUGAAUAUUAAAAUUCCACAUUUCCUUGUGAACGGGACCGUGGGACACUCAGUCUGGUUACUUGUGGAAAUCGACCCGAUCCCACAGCGUGCAGAAAUCACCUGGAAAUUCAGUGUAGAAUCUCUCCAGGUACCCAUCGCUCGAUUUGAUGUCAGUGAGAAUAAAUCAAAGAUAUUUCCACAAACUGAGUUUGAAGGAAGAACGACACUGCACCACAACCACACCCUCCAGAUAGACAACCUGCGGGUCAGUGACGGAGGGACUUACACAGUUACUGUAACAACAAGACAAGAUUAUACAGAAGAGAUUUCUCUCCAGGUUUAUGAGCCUGUGUCUGUGCCCACCAUGGAGCUGAUACAGAACGUCUCAGCUGAGAGGUGUAAUGUGACUCUGCGGUGCUCUGUGGGCAGUGGAAGUCACAUUCACUAUACCUGGACGUGGCUGGGGUCCAAUGUGACUGAUGAGCCGGUGGAGCAGGUCUCUGGGAACCCAGGGGAGCUGGAAGUGUCAGUGGGACUGUCUCACUCCAUCCACUAUUGCUGUACAGUGUGGAACCCUGUCAGUGAGGAGAGCGCUGAGUUCAGGAUAGAGACACCCUGCACAAAAUCACAGGAAGCUCUGUCCAGUUGGACGAAGCAAGCAACGUGGGUCUCUGUGCUGCAGAUCUGUCUGGGUGGGACUGUUCUGCUGGUCCUCAUGGUCCUGCUGGUUGCUUCCAAGUUUUGUACAAGCCUCAGGCCCAGGACCACAACAGGAGCCCCCUCCCACACCCCUCACAACCUCCCGAGCAAAACGUAACUCCCUGCCCCUGAGCCUCCUUUCACUCUCUUCAAGCCUUCACCAUUCCCUCCAUCGCACUGAUACCCAUUGAUGCUGGGUCAUCGUUGGCACAGCAGGAUCCCACAUUGGCGCAGCAAGAUACCUCAUUGCACAACAGGAUCCCAUGUUUACACAGCAAGGCCCCACAUUGGCACAGCAGGAUCCCACAUUGGCAGAGCAAGACCGCACGUUGUCACAGCAGGAUCCCACCUUGGCACAGCAGGAUCCCACAUUGGCAGAGCAGGACUGCACGUUGUCACAGCAGGAUCCCACCUUGGCACAGCAGGAUCCCACAUUGACACAGCAAGAUCCGACAUUGGCACGGCGCGACCCCACGUUGGCACAGCAGGGUCCCACAUUGGCACAGCAGGAUCCCACAUUGGCGCAGAAGGAUCCCACCUUGGCACAGCAGGUCUCCACACUGGCACAGCAG